AUGGAGUCAUUUCUCUCCGCAAACGAGCUCGCAGUGACGCCGACAGUGAUGCUCAUGCCCGACCCCGACAUUCCGCUCGAGCUGAACAAGCGAGAGGUCACUAGUAUAUUUGCCACGCCUCUCGAGGCCUUCCUUUUUCAUGCACCCCCGCCUGACCUAGAGAGUGCCAUGCACGUCACGACGCCGGACCGCCGUGCGCCAACGCCGCUACCCGGCAAGAAGAAUGCGGAUCAGACCUUCCCACAGCCCGACCCGAACGAAAGCCAUUGGCACUCUAUCUACGAAGUGUACUGGAUCACGGAGCGCCUUCGUCGGCAUACCUUUUGGGACAAGCGGAAUCCCAUCCGCGGGCUUACGAGCGACAUCCUGAUUCGUGCGGCUGAAAUUGCCUAUGGCAAGGAGCCCGACUAUGGUGUCCGCGCCGAGAAGCAGCCGCCCCAGGCCAAGAUGCUGUACCACGCCUUUGCCGGGCCUGAGCGCGUCCGCGGCUACCGCGUCCCUCCUCGUAUCGAGCCGAUCGAUCUCGAGCAAGAAAAAGCGCGCCGCGCGCGUCUCUAG